AUGUCAUUCAAAGGAUUCCAAAAGGCAGUGGCCCGUGCCCCACAGACUCUGAGACAGAAGUUCAAUAUGGGGGAGCAGACAAAAGACCCUGUGUACGAGGAUGCAGAGUCAAGGUUUAAAGAGUUGGAAGGGCAAACAAGGAAAUUGAAUACAGAGUCAAAAAGAUACCACAAGGCAGUUGAUGACAUGCUGGAGCACCAGAUAGGGUUUGCAAAAGCAAUUAAAGAGAUAUAUAAGCCGAUCACAGGUCUGAGCCAAGUUGACAGUGCAGAGGCACCCGAGGGAAACCCGGAGGGCAUUGAGGCAUGUGAGCAGUAUGGAGAGCUUAUGAGCGAGCUCAAGGACACUCUAAAGCCGGACUUGGACCUCAUUGACACAAAGAUCGUGCAGCCAGCACAGGAGCUUCUUAAGAUUAUCCAGGCAAUCAGGAAAAUGUCGACGAAGAGAGCCCACAAGCAGUUGGAUUUGGACAGGUUCCAGAACACGUUGAAGAAGUACCAGGAGAAAAGAGAUAAGGCAUCGAAAAAGGACGAGACGAAAGCCCUCAAGUACGAGGAGAAGAUAUACAAGGCGGAGAACGACUUGGCAAUUGCCCAGCAGGAGUAUGACUACUACAACGAGAUGAUGAAGAACGAGCUACCGGUGCUUUUCAAGAUGCAGGGAGAGUUUAUCCAGCCGUUGUUCGUCUCGCUUUACUACAUGCAACUCAAUGUUUUCUACACGCUUUCCAGCCGUAUGGAGGAGAUGAAGAUUCCAUACUUUGAUCUAUCGUCAGACAUCUUGGAGGCCUUCCAGCGAAAGCGUGGAAAUAUCGAAGAGCAGGCCGAUGCCAUCAGCAUCACUCAUUUCAAACUUUCGUACUCCAGGUCCAAGCUUGAUGCCACUAAGAAAAGAUUGGCUGCCGAGCAUGGAUCGCCGUAUGGAAACCCGGCUGAUGCAUCGCCGGCCGCCGGGGCACCUCCCGCCUACGGGGCUCAGACCAUUACCCCGGCCUACGGGCAGGCUGCCGCCCAAACUUCGGCCUACGGGCAAGGUUCGGCCACCUCGGCCUACGGGCAGCCCCCAGCAUACGGCCAGCAGACCGCCUACCAGGUCCCGCAGGCCGUGCAGACCCCGCCAUCUUCUACCGCGGGAAAUUAUGGAUACCCGGCCGACGUGAAAAAUCCUGCGGGUCCCGGUGCCGUGCCCGCUGCCGCCGCUGUUGCCCCUGCAUACACUGCUGCCGCACCCACUCCAGUCUACCAGGGGGUCGCUACCCCGCCUGCCUCAUCCACCGCCGGCGGCCAGCAGGUGUGCACCGCGUUGUAUGAUUACGCCGCCCAGGCAGCCGGCGACCUCAGCUUCAAGGCCGGCGAUAGGAUCACCAUCCUGGAGAGGACUGCCGACCAGAACGGCUGGUGGACCGGGUCGCUCAAUGGGGCAACUGGUGUUUUUCCUGGAAACUACGUCCAGUUGAAUUGA